AUGCAGCCAUCGGUAGCAGGUCAGUCGAUUUAUGUUCCUACUCCAUCAAGUCACUUGAAUGUUUAACUGACUUCCUUUCAAUUUCCUCCAUUGACCUGAUAGCUCAACAACUUCCUGGGAGAACAGAUGAACACUUUUUUAAGUCUUUCUGAGCAAACUUUUUCAGUAUGAACCUGUGGCUUAAUUUUUGUCUUUCAAUUAAUUAAGAGGUGUUUUAGCUUAUAAUUAUAUAAAAUUAUUCUCUUAAUGGUUGUAUUAAAAGAUUACUGGUUAAACUCUGACUUAACCACAUGAAAUAAGUUGGCCUUAUUGAGAGUUGGGUAUACGGUUAAUAUCAGGCCAGCCGUGCCAGUCAUUUGUGUUCCCUAAAAAUAACCGCUUUAUAAGGCUCUUCUGCGUUUGAGACAAGUGACAUCAAGAAUCCUUCUUGAAGAUGGUGGCAAUUUCUCUAUACAGAGGGAAUCUCCAUAGGGUUCCAGAGAUGCCUCGUCGAUGGCUAAUGCCAUAUCCCAAAAUCUCUCUCAAAGAUUUCAAAACCCUCUUGAACCGUCGUAACAGAGCCCUUUCUCGUCUACGUUCCCCCAAUAUCACCACGUCAAACCCUAAUCUUAACUCUAAACAACAGCUUCUGCCUCUCCAUCCCGCUGCCCCUGAUCUUAAAACUCAAAUAGACUAUAAUAAAACUUCUAGUGGCAAAGAAGAAGAGGGAGUUAUUAAGAAUCAGGAAAUCAACGAUCAGGGGAAGUCAGAGGGUGGGGAUUGUACAGUGAAAUCGGUUACUGAAGCUGAGGUUGCACCAGAAAAAGUGGUUGAUACGGCGGUUACUAAUGAAAAAUUGCGUUAUUCGGAUUUUGUGGAGAAACCGGCUGAACCGGCUAACCCUAAUUUACAGACGAGCAAGAAAGUGGAGGAGCUAGAUGAGAAAGAGAAAAGGAAAAGGGAAGUGGAGAAUAGGUUGCAAACUUUGAAUGCGAAAAAACAUAAUCUAGUGCUAGCUUUGAAGCAGAUAUUAAAUGCUGAGGAGUUAAAGAGACGAAAUUGUAUGCAAGGAAUGGUGGCCCGCCCAGCUGGUCAACUUCAAGUGGAUACCACAAAUGACGCUGGAUUCAGUACUAGACAGACUACAGCAAGGAUGGGCUCUGAGGCAAAUCUUGGUGGUGAUAUGGAAGGGGCAGAAGCUGAAGAUGUUUCAAACCAAAACACUCAUUGUCGCCAUAUGUUUAGGAUGAGUAGCAUGUCACCGUCUUCAGAGUCCCCUCUUAGAAGGACUACCUAUUUCCAACACAAUGUGGUUCCACACCCUUCUCGUGCAAGUAUCGGGGUCACUGGUAGUCCAUCAUGCUUUGUUUCUAUAAGCCAUCAAGGGAAUCCUGGAAAUCUGCCUGCUAUAUCUGUAUCUGGAACAAAUUAUGUAGCAUCCUCUCCUUCCCCAGCUGCAUCCGGUGGCACUUCUGUAUUUAGAGAUGCUCGGCAGCCAAGUCCAUGGAAUUAGAAGCUGUGUGGUUUUGACACCAUAAUGUAACAUCUAGCAUUAUUUUCUGUACCCGAUGUUAUCCUUUAAUGCUCCAAUUAUCCUGGUUGGUGUGAAUAUCUUGACUUCUCAUAUCCUGCCGAACCCCUCCACCAUUUUAUUCUUUGUUCAGAGGGAUGAGAAUGCCUCUAUUCUUGUGCGUUUUGUUUUAUCAGGUGAAGGAAAAACAGAAAUUUAACUGUGGUGCGAUACUACUUGUAUCCCGUAAUGAAGAGGCACCAUCAAGAUACUAUUGGUUCACGAUUUUGCCUUAAAAUGCUGUAAAUUUAAAAUUGUGGAAAGUCAUUCCAUAUCCGGACUCGGGUUAUGCUAGUAAUGAGAAAUGUACAUUUUGACCUGUAAUUGUAAGAUCAUUUUCUCUAGAUUAAAGGCUUUUAUCA